AUGCCUCAGAUUCAGUACUCCGAGAAGUACUACGACGACGUCUACGAGUACAGGCACGUCGUCCUCCCUCCCGACAUCGCCAAGCUCCUGCCUAAGGGUCGCCUUCUCUCUGAGGCUGAGUGGCGCGGUCUCGGCGUGCAGCAGUCCCGCGGCUGGGUGCACUACGCCAUCCACAGGCCCGAGCCCCACAUCAUGCUCUACAGGUGCGUGCGCCGUCCCAGCCCCCACGCUGCAGUUGGAUUCGCGAGUUUCGCGCGCGUGUUUUUCAAACCGAUCGGGGCGACGCGCGUCCGCCGCGGCGUUCCCACCGCGCCCGCCGAUCGCAUCGGCCCCGCGGUGACCUCGUCGCAUCCCCGGGUUCCUCUCGGCGAUCCGCGCCUCGCGAGACGCGCCGAGUCCCUCGCGCCUCGCCCGACGACGCGAUCGACACUUUUUCACAUCGAAACUGACAACCCGUACCGAACAAUCGACAGGCGCACGCUGAACUACGGCCAGCCGGCUCUCACCGACGCCGCCAACAAGGCCAACCAGCAGUAA